UUAUAACAAUCAUUGUUUAUUUUUUUUUAUUACAAUCAGUGUUCGUUUUUUUAAAUUUGUAUUUUUUUACAUCUUACUUAGGAAAAAUAUUGUGGCCAUUUACUAAAUUAGGUAUAGCAUAUAGAGUAAAAAUAUGAAGGAAAACUUACGUUGGAUUGUUUUUGUUUUGGCGGCAAAUGUUAUGAUUUGUCAAAAAUUGGUGAUAACAAAAAGAGGUCCUAUCGUGGGGCAAAAAGAAGACGGAUAUUAUACUUUUUUGGGAGUCCCUUAUGCUUUGGUCAACGAGGAAAAUCCUUUUGGAGCAUCAUCAGAGUAUCCCAAAUUUGACGAGGCAUUCAACGCAUCGGAUCCAGACGUGAAAUGUCCACAGAUAUUAAUGAACGAAGGUGGCGUCAUCCAGUGCUUGACCCUCAACAUCUACGUACCGAAAAUUGCACUGAAGGAGUCUGUGCCUGUGUUUGUUUGGUUCUAUGGCGGUGGCUACGUCUUCGGCAGCGCUGGUCUAUACCACGGGAAAUUAUUAGUUAAAAAAGAUAUCAUAGUUGUCACUGUUAAUUACAGGUUAGGUCCUUACGGUUUCCUCUGCCUCGAUGAUCCUAGGGUACCAGGAAACCAGGGGUUGAAAGAUCAAGCGGACGCUUUAAAGUGGAUCAACGAAAAUAUAGGCGCCUUUGGAGGGGACAAUGAGGAAAUUACGAUUGCAGGAGAGAGUUACGGCGGUGGGUCCGUCGAUUUGCACCUGUAUUCAAAAUAUCCAACUUAUUUCAACAAAGCUAUAAUCCAAAGCGGCGCAGCCGAAGCCAGGAGGAUGUUCGUCAAACCGGAUUACAGUGCAGCGAUCAAACUAGCCAACCACCUGGGAAGUACAAAUUCAACUACAAACGAUGAUUCUAUUAAAUUUUUAAAGCAAGUCGAUCCCCUUACAGUCAUGAAAGGUGCCUCUAAACUGGGCAUGGUUUUAACCGUCUGCAAAGAGAAACGUUACGAAAGUGUACGUAAUUUCAUAACCGACGACCAAUUCCAUUUAAGGAAUCCAUUUCGAAUCAAAAAUACACCAAUCAUGAUAGGUUACAACAGUAAAGAAGCAUUCGACACAUUCGCCAAUAAAUCUGAAGAAGUUUACCAAAAAGCGAGCACCUUCAUAUAUGACAAUUUCAAAGAAAUCUUUGAUCUGAAAGAGGACGCGUUGGUGAGAUUAACAAACAUUGUUCAUUCGUAUUAUAUGGGAGGGAAGCCUUUUGAUAGUAACGCAAUGUUGGAACUGAUCGAUAUGUCGGGAGAUUUCAUAUUGAACCGCGCUAUAGAGAGUUCGGUCACUAGGUUUAUAGAACAAGGUGCCAAAAAGGUGUACAAAUACCUCUUUUCGUAUAUCGGAGGGAGUAUAUAUGAGAACAUAACAGGAGUUGGGGCGUACCACACUGAGGAGUUGCAGUAUCUCUUUCACUCCGUCAGUCCGGGGAAGAAGUUCACGGCCGAACAGAAAAUUAUGCGUAAUCGAAUGACUACAAUGUGGAGUAACUUCGUGAAGUAUGGGAACCCCACGCCUAACGUCACAGACCUCCUCCCAGUUGAGUGGCUCCCUAUCACCUCUGAAGGGUCCAGGGUCUAUUUGAACAUAGACCUUGAUAUGAGCAUGAAGGACCAGUUGUACCACAAGAGAAUAGCGUUUUGGGAUCUGUUCUGGAGCUCUUACUGGAAGAAGGCUAAGAUGGUGACGAAGAAAUGUCGGACGAAGUGUGCUUCGUAAUUCGUUAGUGGCAAAAAAUGAAAUGCAUAUAUGUAGAUAUUAAAAUAACAUAACACAAUGAUGAAACGUCGCGUCGUCUUUUAAUAAAAAUAAAAAUUAAAAA